UGUUGUAGCCAGUGGACGAGCUGCGGACUGUGGUGUUUGAGAUUCUGAAGAGAAAGGAAGAGAUCCAAGCGAAUGAGAGAGAGGAGGACCAAAUUCCAACAAACGAAGGCACUCCUGAGAGUAUCGACAUCCCGAUGACUCCUCAACCUGUCAGAGCCCUUAUCUUUGGAGAGAGAGGAGACUCAUCGGUGGUCAAGUACAAGAUCACAGCAACGCCUGGUGGCCCUCCGAGCCAACAGAAGGAACCGGUGAGGGUGAACGGCCAGGAGGUUCGCUUCUUCACUCCAGUCAGACGCUCGGUGCGAAUCGAGAGAUCCUCCCUCCGAUACCCGGCGUCUCUCCAGGAGCACGACCUCUGCGUGACCUCCUACGCUGACCUGAUCUCAGAGGAGGAUGCAGAGAGGAGUGAGGAGCAGGAGGGAGGGGAAACCAGCCCGUCGGCAGACAACACGCCCAUGUACGUCUACAGACAGAAACGAGGCGCUUGA